CAGUUACAGACACGGCCCCUGUUGGCGCAGCCUCUCUGAUUCUCCUCCUCUCCGCGUCCAGCGCUGGGCUUUUUCAGACAAGUGCAUCUCCUAACCAGGUCACAUUUCAGCCGCGACCCGCUAUCCGUCUGUCACCGGAGUCAGACCGGGCAGGAGGAGGAGGGCUGAGGAGGACGACAGCGUUUGCUUCGCCAGCUGUGGGGUGGGAAGAAGGACAUUAAAAUACUGCAGGAGUCAAGACUCCCCCCAGGUCGCAUCCAGACCACGAUGCACGCCCCGGGCUGCGGGCGGCUGGUGCUGCCGCUGCUGCUCCUGGUUGCCGCAGCCUUGGCGGAAAGCGACGCCAAGGGGCUCAAGGAGGGCGAGACCCCCGGCAAUUUCAUGGAGGACGAGCAAUGGCUGUCGUCCAUCUCUCAGUACAGCGGCAAGAUCAAGGACUGGAACCGCUUCCGAGACGAUGAUUACAUCAAGAGCUGGGAGGACAACCAGCAAGGAGAUGAAGCCCUGGACACCACAAAGGACCCCUGCCAGAAGGUGAAGUGCAGCCGCCACAAGGUGUGCAUCGCCCAGGACUUCCAGCGGGCCAUGUGCAUGAGCCGCAAGAAGCUGGAGCACAGGAUCAAGCAGCCUGCCCUGAAGCUCCAUGCCGGCAAAGACAGCGCCUGCAAGCCCUGCCACAUGGCCCAGCUGGCCUCAGUCUGUGGCUCUGACGGCCACACGUACAGCUCCGUGUGUAAGCUGGAGCAGCAGGCCUGCCUGAGCAGCAAACAGCUGGCGGUAAGAUGUGAGGGCCCCUGCCCCUGCCCCACGGAGCAGGCCACCACGUCCACCGUGGAAGGCAAACCAGAGACCUGCACGGGUCAGGACCUGGCCGACCUGGGAGAUCGGUUGAGGGACUGGUUCCAGCUUCUCCAUGAGAACUCCAAGCAGAAUGGCUCAAACAGCAGCGGAGCCAGCCCAGCCAGUGGCCUGGACAAGAUCUUGGGGGCCAGCUGCAAGGACUCCAUCGGCUGGAUGUUCUCCAAGCUGGACACCAGUGCUGACCUCUUCCUGGACCAGAUGGAGCUGGCUGCCAUCAACCUGGACAAGUACGAGGCCUGCAUCCGCCCUUUCUUCAACUCCUGUGACACCUACAAGGAUGGCCGUGUCUCCACCGCGGAGUGGUGCUUCUGCUUCUGGAGGGAGAAGCCCCCCUGCCUGGUGGAGCUGGAGCGCGUCCAGAUCCAGGAGGCUGCCAAGAAGAAGCCAGGAGCCUUCAUCCCGAGCUGCGACGAGGACGGCUACUACCGGAAGACGCAGUGUGACCAGAGCAGUGGCGACUGCUGGUGUGUGGACCAGCUGGGCCUGGAGCUGACCGGCACCCGCACCAACGGGAGCCCCGACUGCGACGACAUCGUGGGCUUCUCAGGGGACUUUGGGAGCGGAGUCGGCUGGGAGGACGAGGAGGAGAAGGAGGCGGAGGAAGCGGGCGAGGAGGCCGAGGAGGAGGAGGGCGAGGCGGAGGCGGACGACGGAGGCUACAUCUGGUAGACCGCCUGCGGGCGUGGAGGGGGACAGGCCAGCAGACUUGGACAGCAGCAGGCCGCUUACAGAUGGAUCCGGAAAUACAGCUGGAAGGACCCGGCUGCGGCGGGAGGGCGGGGAGUGUGAGUGCACGGCACGGGUGCGGCCCAGAUGGGAGAAUGCCUGUGCGCGUGCGUGCGUGCGUGCGUGUGCGCGUGUAUGCGUGCGUGCGUGUGUGCGUGUGCGCGUGUGCGCGUGAGCGCAUGCGCUGACAAACCUGCCCUUGGUCCACACUGCUCCUGGCAGAGUGAGUCACCCAAAGUCCCCUUUGGCCUCCUUGUAGUUGUUUUCACUCCACCUGUUGGUUUUCAAAUACACAUUCACACACAUAUACCCACUGAAAGGUCAAAAUUGAUGAAAGAUGCCCCGCGAGUCACGUCCCCUAGCUGCCUCCAGGCCUGCCCUGACACCCUGGCCGGCUUGGCUGCCCUCGGCUCAGCCAGCCCUGACUCCUGUCCCUGCCUGCCCUACUCGCUCCCCUUCUGGGGUCAAGCUCAAGCCUGCUGGCAUGUCCCCAUUGAGGGGAGGGAGGGCAAGGAGCUGUCUGCUGGCUGGAGGUCUUGCCAGAGCUGGGCCAGUUUGGCUGUACCUGUCCCACCAGCCUCGGCAAGUCCUUUCCCUUUGCGGGGCUCCCCAGCACCAGAGAAGCUCUCCUAACCCAAGCCGUUGUGACCGAGGUGGCCAACAAGGAGCUGGGGGCACAGGCUGAGAAGCAGGGGGACGGGGAGGCCUUGCCAGGCUGCCUGGGGGUGGGGUGUGGAGUGGCAGGGACUGACCAGCAGGUAGUCUGCUGGUGCACACCCAGGCAGAGAUCUCAGCGGCCGAGACAGGGCAGCCUCUUCCUGUGGGGCCAUUCCCUUGGAGGCAAUGGGCAGGUUAAGUAAGUGAGCUCUACUUGGCUGUGUGAGGUGCUGCACCUGCCCGUUCCCCUUGCUGGGGUUCCUGGUCCCCUCUAGGUCUUUGCCGGGGUGUAUGUGUGCACCACCUCCUUCCUGACCCCCUAAUAAAUGCUCCCCUCUCACGCAGACCAGUAGAGAGGACUGUCCCUGAGUCCCUGUGAAGGAGGAGUGGUGGGAAUCUGUAACCUCCCUGCCCUCAGAGAUCAUGACCUUCCCCAGCUCAUUUCCUCAAGGGAGAAGCACUUCUGUGCCUGAGCGGGCUUCCAGCUCCACUCCUCCCGGCCCCAGGUUUUCUCCGUCCCCCUGGGGGUCCUAAGGCAGCUCUAGGGAGGGACUUCUCCAAGCUCUGAAGGAAGCUUUCUGGAGUUGUGAAAAGUCAAAGGGGCAGGACUGGGACAACCUGGCCCGAGGCCACGCCUCACUGUUCCCCCAAAUCUGCCAGGCGGGAGCUAGGGUGGAUGAGAAGGUACUCGUGUCACCCCCCUCCCCAAAAAAACCUGUCCAGUUCUACUGAAGCAAAUCCCUAACACUGUUGGGGAAGAAUUUCUUACCCAGACUCGGGCCUCUGAUGCCCUUCGGUGUGUGGCAAGGGCAGUGAGAAAGUGUGUGUGUGUGUGUGCGCGCGCGCGCACGCGUGUGUGUGUGUGUGUGUGUGUGUGUGUGUACGCUUUGUGUGAGACGAGGGGCCUGGGAGGUGAGGAGGGCACCCUGUGUGCUGGGUGGGUAGCAGGGCGUGGGGUCUACCUGGCGAAGUUCCCUGUGCAAGGCUCCGGCCAGGCCCUCCGCACCUUCAGCACCCACUGCAUCUGCUGGACUUGAUGAAAGAAUCUCACCUGUCUGCCCCGUUACUCCACCCUGGAAUCCCCACCUUCCAAGUCUUCUCUUGGGGGAAAUAAUGAAACUCCAGUGAGCCCCAUAAACCGCUUCUCAUUCUGCAGCACAGUUCGGACCAUAAGGUGUAAUGCUGUUCCAGGUCCCCCACAUCUGUCUCCCCUUCCUUCCUUCCUUCCUUCCUUCCACCUCCUCCCCCUCCUCCUUCUGGUCCCAGCUCAGUUCAGGGAUUUGUCUCGGAGCAGCUGCUUCUCUCACUCGGGGCUACUUGAAACUUCCUGCUCUCGCUUGGAUUGAGGUCUGUCUGUCCCUUCCCUCUGCCUCAGCUCAGACUUCUGGAAUGUCCUCCUGGGGCAGCUGUUGAGGAUGC